AUGUCACAGUGGUCACAACGGCCAGACUGGACAAUCUCAUUACUUUCCCAGCAGGGUGCUAUGAAAAUCUUCGACAUUGCAGCUGGUCCCACAGCAGUAUCCACCAGCAUCCAAGCCCCCAUCCCACGACGCAAUCUGGUAGCCACUACAUCACCUCUUUGCAGGCUCACCACCGCCGGUCUGCUUCAGGAAAACACCCCAAGGCCCAAUACUCAGGCGGUCACUCUUCCCCAACCUUUCGUCAGACCAGAAACGUCCGUCGCUGGCCUGCUAUCCCAUGGCUUCAACUCGAACACAUUCCUUGGAACGCUUCCCAUGUCAUCGAGAAACACUGCCUUCAUUGGAUCCAACACGACAGGGCGUAAGAAAGCAUCUGCCAUGCGAAUGGCAUGGGGACAUGGCGAAGCACCUACAUGUCACGUCCUCAUCUAUCCCUUUCUCAGUCCGGAGCAUCGUCAACAAGCCAUCAAGGAUGCAGAUCCUAGUGUUCAAACCGGAUACCCACUCCCCCAGUCUGACAUAUACCAUCUUGAGCAUGUCGACGUCACACCAUUUCGGGAGCACAUGCAAAAGCUUGAUCUUUGCAUCACCUUCUACACCAAUGCUAACAACAAUUACAGGAUGAUUCACAAUAAACUUCUCACGCAUAAUGCAAUGGCUGGGAAGCCCCAGAUUCUCGGCCUCAAGACUGAUGACCUGGCUAAUCUCAGCUUUCAAAACAUGGGCUGGUGUUUCCUACAGCUCAUGUCCCACAAAGGGGAUCCGUCUCUUCUCGUCGUCAACAAGAAAAUUAAUGAGGGUCAGGCCACAAUUGACCAUUUCAUCUGCCAUGGAAGCCUGGAGUCCAAGUUUCUGCCCAAACAUGGCAAAAAUCAUUCAGCUGUGCUCGGUCAGUUUACCCUGGUGAUUGCUCUGACCCGAGGCCCCAUCUGCCACAAUCUCCGAAACAGGAACUUGUAUGUGGGCGAUUUUGGACUGCAAGGAAUGCCUGACGUGGUAAGAGGAGGAAUGCAUGCCUGCUUCUCAGAGCGUGCAAUGCACAAUCUCUUGUUCGUCAUGCGACAGUGGGGCAGCAGUUUCGAUGAGAACUCCUUGCCCUCCCUACGUGCAUGCAGAGGCUUGCCACCCAAUCAUCUUGCCCCUGAGCUGAUGAUUACAGCGGGAAUCCCUCGUUGUCCCCAACUUACCGAUGACGCCACUUCACUGGCGGAAGAACCACAGCCGAACACACAGUCCAACAAGCGGCCCGCUUCUUCCAGGUCACCGCCACCCGAUCGACUUGGCAUGCGCCCCCUUUCACCGAUUGACUCGUCCAGCCAACUGCCCCCGCUGCCAUUGCCCCCCCCUUAUUAUGCCGGAGAAAUUUGGCCACAACCUCGUGAUGCAGAGCGGGUGCAAAGUCAACCCAUAUACACCUCCUGCCUGUCAGAGACCAUGAUCUCCCUCCUCCCCGACACAAUGUGCCUGAAGGGACCGAAUGUCGAAUCUCUCGCCGAUGCAGUGCUCGAACUCUGUAGAUUUUAUGCAACGAAUGCAUGGGACAAGGACAACGAGAUGUUUCUGCAGAAGAUAGAGGGCCCUCUAGCACCCCAAUUUCCUUCCUCCGACAUCCUUUGUGAAAAUUGGGAUGAGCUGGCAAAAUUUGGGAGCAUGAAGAUGAUCAUACUCCAGAGCCGGAGCCAUGGCGACGGUAUCAAUAAAAUGGUCCUCAGGGAGGCAUUGAAGAAGGCUCUUGAAAAUACCAAUCUAUACACUUCCUUGCCGAACAACUCCAAUUACUUCACAGCUACCUUUCGCAUGAGAGAUUGCACCGCGAUGGAAACUUGUCUGUGGAGAGCACAGGGUCUCCUGCUUGCUCUCUGCACUGUUACCUUCCGCAUGCCACCGCUGCCGGUGUCUCCGUUUCUCUUUCUCGCAUUGUUGACUCCACGAGGAGGAUUGGCAAAAGUCUUGGAUCUUCUAACAGGACCCGUCGUCAAGGCAUUGGAUCCUGCUACCGAAGAUUUCAUGCAACCUUGGCUCGGUUUCCAACACGCUACACCACACUACACAAUCACCCAUGAAAUAUCCUCUCCCCAGCCUUACGAUGUCGGUUUCAAGAAACCCGACCCGGAAAAGUCACAACUCCAAAAUAGGUUGGUGCUGAAGCUCAUUCUAUUGUCCCAUCCGAUGGCAGACCAGAGCAAUGGAUUUAAUGCCAUGCGGGAGGGAUUUUCUUACAAUUUCGGUCAUGACAAAUAUAUUGGAGGCCUGCCUUCGCUAUUCCGCCGAGAGCUACCCCAACUGGAGAAUCUCUUGUUGUAUCUUCACAGGAUGUAUGAUCGCAGCAUCCACUCAGCUCAGGACCUUCUAGACCUUAUCCAGUUUGACCAUGGAUGCGUCAGGACAGAUGCCUUUUGCUCAACACCAUGUGAUUGGGGUUAUGGGACACAGCCCAAUGGCGGGCAUCUCCCCCUUUAUGAAUGCGUCACCCGAGCCAUCACUGAUAAAUUGCGGAAAUACUUUGAACAAGACUUGGACCGCUGCGGGCCACGCUUCCUGGUGAUGGCGACCAGUCUGCCAUAUAUGCCUGCAGCACCCGAGGAGAAGAUCAAGUUUGUCUUGCAUGCCCCAGAUGAAUUCCAACCGCCUUCUCAAGUAUUUCGCAUGAGCACUUGCUUCAAUAUCAUCAGGCUCAAGCUCGACAUGAAAUUAUGCAGCCUUCUUGCUGGAGAGGCAACAGCACUCUUCCUCAAUUUUGAGGCUUGCUUGGACUUCUGGUUGUUCGAUGAUGAUCGAAUCGUUAUGCUCAUUUAG